AUGUCAUUGAUGGCAUGGUCGGCCAAGGGCCAAGGCAUCGAGGGUGAGGUCCCAGUGAUUCACGUAUGGUGGAACGAAAUUCAAGGAGCGGAUGUUGUUAAUAACAUCAAGGCUCUAGUAGAGCAGAAAGUAGGACAAACACUGGAUGACGCCGAGUGUAUGAUCCCACAGGUCUCGCCGAUACGUACAACCUCGGUGAAAAAGCGACAGCGACGCCGUAUGAUAUCCGCAAGACGCAGGGCGUCUACCCUGACCAAUGAUGUGUCAAUUGUAGACGAUACCGCACAGCUAUACACCCUCGUCAGCAGUAUCACGGGGGAGGAAGACGGAAUUGUCACUCUUCAGGCCAUUCCUGCGGUGGUUGCUCUACUUGAGCUGGAUGAGAUGUCUUUCGAAGAGUUUGGUAGUGCCUUGAAGGCAGGCUGUUUAGCCGAGCUGGGCAUCAUACUACCGAACGAAGAGAUUAACUCGUCGUCGCUUCUGGAUGAAGCUGUCUUGGAGGAUACCAAGAGGAUGCUGUACGCACCAAGUGGAUUGUCGAUCCAGAAGGAUCCCUCGAAUUCGUAG